AUGUCUCGCAUUGAAGUUGGAUACAUUCGCGUCAUUAGCAAAGAACACGUCUAUGAAUUUGGUAAGAAAGGUUCUCCACUAUGUUCAGAAAUUAAAAUCACGAAUGACACAUUUUGGGUACGGUUAUUGUUGUUUGGUGACCUGGGAUUUGCAGAGGCUUACAUGUUAGGCGAUGUGACGUGUGAUGACUUGGUAACUUUAAUCAAGAUCUUUUCUGAAAAUAGCUCCCGCCUCGAUGAGCUCUCCGGCAUUCUCUCAUAUGUCUUUAACACCAUUGGUUACGUCAUGAACUCACAAUUCGCCAAUACAAUUUCCAAUGCCAUAAACAAUAUCUCCGCUCACUAUGACAUUUCUAAUGAAAUGUUUGCCUGUUUCUUAAGUGCAGAUAUGACAUAUUCUUCUGCAUUUUUUGAGAGUGAACAAGAUACCCUAGAAGAGGCGCAGUACAGGAAACUAAGAAUGAUUAUUAGGAAAGCGAGGAUUUGUAAGGAUGAUCACGUAUUAGAAAUUGGUAGUGGAUGGGGUUCCUUUGCCAUCGAGGCCGUAAAACAAACAGGCUGUAAGGUAACCACUCUGACACUAUCUGUCCAACAAAAAAAUCUAGCCGAGGAACGUAUUGCCAAAGCUGGCUUAUCCUCGAGCAUCACCGUGUUAUUAUGCGACUAUCGAGAACUACCUGCGUCACACCAAUUUGACAAGAUCGUUAGCAUAGAAAUGAUCGAGGCAGUAGGAUCUCAAUAUUUGACCACAUACUUUGAAUGUUGUGACAAGUUCUUAAAAAAGGAAGGCGGCAUCGGUGUAUUCCAGGUGAUCACCAUGCCGGAAACGAAGUAUCACAGCUAUUGUCGGGAGAUUGGUAGUCACUGUCCGGACAUAACGACCCUUGUAAAUGCAAUAUACAAAGGCUCCCGAGGUCGUUUAAUAAUAGAUAACAUUGAAAAUAUUGGUCCUCAUUAUGCUCGUACUCUUCGACUGUGGCGACUAAAAUUCCUCGAAGUAUUUAAUAAACGCAUACAACCUUCCUUAUUAAAAAGUUGGCCGAAUAUGACUAACGAAGAAAUAGAAAUAUUUCGUAAAAAAUGGGAAUUCUAUUUUGCCUACUGUGAGGGAGGAUUCGCGAGUGGAAUUUUGGGGGACGUUCAGGUCGUGGUGUCUCGGGAAGGAAAUAAGGCGUUCUUGGACGGAAUACCUAUGUGA